AUGUUAGUCCGUAUUUACCCCGUGUCCGCAAUUCCCCCAUCGUCCCCUACUAGCGAUGACGUCACGCUACCCGACAUCAGCCGGUUCUCAUCGUAUAAGAGGCUAAUAAGAGCCACGGCCAUGGUACGAUUAUUCAUCGAGAGACUCAAACAAAAACAGAGAGACAUCCCGUUGCAAGUAGCGCACAUGAAAGACGCCGAAGCGAGGUGGAUACGACAAUCUCAAAAGGAGUCGUUCGGCGAUGAGUUAAACAGGUUAAAAAGAAAACAGCCGCUUCGUAAAAACAGCAAGCUUACGAAGUUGGACCCGGAAACAGAAGACGGCAUCUUAAAAGCGAGAGGACGCAUUGGAGCGUCAACGGUAACAACACACUCCAACCGACCAGUGAUAUUAGACGGCGGGCACUCCUUCACAAGGUUACUGAUAGACAACGGACAUCGGAACGCCGGGCACGCGAAUAACGAGCGCGUAGUAAAUGACCUACGCCAACGGUUCGUUAUAUUUCGCCUGCGACCGACAGUAAGAAAGAUAGCAAAGGGCUGUCAGUUCUGUCGGGUGUACAAAGCGACGCCUAGGCGUCCACCGAAGGGAGACCUACCUGCGGAACGAAUUGAUCCGGGGCACCGCGCAUUUACAUACUGUGGUGUCGACUACUUCGGUCCCUUGACGGUAACCAUCGGAAGGAGGCACGAGAAGAGAUGGUGUGCACUGUUCACAUGCCUAACAACGCGAGCAGUGCACCUAGAGAUCGUACCGUCUCUAUCAACGGACUCGGCAAUUAUGGCGUUGCGACGAAUGGCCGCCAGAAGGGGCUGGCCGCGAGUUAUUUACUCCGACAACGCCACGAAUUUCCGAGGCGCCGACGUCGAGCUGCGAGAUUGUUAUCGAAAAUGGAUCCCCGAGCUCCGGAACUACUGUCUACAAUAUGAGACAGAAUGGCGAUUCAUACCACCGGGGGCGCCACACAUGGGAGGCGCAUGGGAACGAUUGGUGCGCUCUGUUAAAGCGGCGCUCAGUACAACGCUGAAGGAGAAAUCUCCGAAGGAGGAAGUGCUUCAGACACUACUCACGGAAGCAGAGUACAGCAUAAAUGCGAGGCCGCUGACGCACGUUCCAGUAGACUACGAAGAAGAAGAAGCCUUAACUCCAAAUCACUUCUUAAUGGGGUCGUCGACAGGCCUGCCUAGGACGGGGCCGUGUACCGAAGCGGAUCGCAGCACAUGGCGGCGAUCACAGGCGAUGGCGGACCAGUUCUGGAGACGAUGGCUCAGGGAGUACCUGCCGACACUCAUACCAAGAGGGCAAUCGAGGAUGGAGGGACCGCAGCUGCAGCCGAACGACCUCGUCAUGAUCGUCGACGGCACGCUGCCACGCAACACAUGGCCCAGGGGGAUCAUCGUACGAGUGUAUCCGGGACCAGACGGCGUCGUCCGAGCGGCCGACGUGCGAACCAAGGGAGGUGUGUUCCGGAGACCUGCAACGAAGAUCGCCGUCCUGCUGAGGGGAGAGGCUGCGAAGAGUCUACGCCGGGGGGAGAAUGUUACGGACGGCUUACGUCACAAUUGA